AUACUAACGAAACAGACAUGUAUUCAGGACACACACACACACAAAAGGAAAAGAAAAGAAGUUGAAAAAUAAUUAAUUAGUUUCUUCAUUCAAUUGUGGAGUGUAGUUCAAAGAAACAUAGAUAUCAUCGAUGACAUUGAUGGAGAAUUAGGGAAGUGAAAUGAGAUAGCAGGGUGGGGAGAGGAGAGGAGAGGGUGGAUCAGUAUCAAUACAGUAAUCAGAAACCCUAUCAGUGCGGGAAGCAGAGAUAGGAGCGUGCGUGUCCAAACCGAAGGGGGGGCCUCGAAGAGGCUCUUCAUCGGAGGUGGUUUAUUCAGAGCCUCCACCUCCCGAGAUGAAGAGUCUCUUCAAGUCCAAGCCCCGCACUCCCUCCGAUAUCGUUCGCCACACCAGAGAUCUUCUUCGCCUCCUCCAAACCAACCUCGAUGACAAGCAAACGGCCGAGUUGUAUAAAAAUAUGAGGGAGCUAAAGUCUAUCCUUUAUGGAGAUAGUGAAUCUGAGCCCGUCGCUGAAGCUUGUGCGCAGUUGACUCAGGAAUUUUUUAAGGAAGACACUUUGCGACUCCUUAUCAAAUGUCUUCCAAAAUUGAACUUGGAGGCCAGAAAAGAUGCAACUCAAGUUGUUGCAAAUUUACAGAGGCAACAGGUUCAGUCUAGGUUGAUUGCGUCCGAUUACUUGGAGAAAAAUAUGGAUCUUAUGGAUAUUUUGAUAUCUGGCUAUGAAGGCACAGACAUGGCUUUACACUAUGGUGCAAUGUUGAGGGAGUGCAUAAGACACCAGAUUGUUGCAAAAUAUGUUUUGGACUCGCCUCAUAUGAAGAGGUUUUUUGACUACAUUCAACUUCCAAAUUUUGACAUAGCCGCAGAUGCUGCAGCAACUUUUAAGGAACUCAUGACAAGACAUAAAUCUACUGUAUCUGAAUUCCUUUCUAAGAAUUAUGAAUGGUUUUUUGAUGAAUAUAACUCUAAGCUGUUGGAAUCUUCCAAUUAUAUUACAAGGCGACAAGCUGUCAGGUUGUUGGGGGAUAUGUUGCUCGAUCGCUCAAAUUCAGCUGUAAUGACACGAUAUGUCAGCUCAAGAGACAACUUGAGGAUUUCAAUGAAUCUUCUUAGAGAGUCAAGCAAAAGCAUACAGAUAGAAGCAUUUCAUGUUUUCAAGCUAUUUGCUGCUAACCAAAAUAAACCUGCUGAUAUCAUCAGCAUACUUGUUGCAAACAGAAGCAAGCUUCUGAGACUAUUGGGUGACUUGAAAAUGGAUAAAGAGGAUGAACAGUUUGAAGCUGACAAAACUCAAGUUAUGAAGGAAAUUGCUGCUCUUGAACCUAAGGACCGCCCUUGAGCUUGAGAUUGUGUCAAGUAGCAAGUUGCAUUCCGGCAUUUUACUUUAUUUAAUUGUCUAUUUUUAUAGUUCUUUUAGUCUUCAUCAAGAUGACACUAACAUUUCCCUCAAAUUUAUAUAUUUCCCUUCUGUAAUUCUAUUUGGAUUCUGUAAAUUAGUAGAUAAAUAAACUGCUGAAAUGAGCUACAUACAGUAGCAGUAUAUUCUGAUCAUCUGCAAUUUGUAUGACUAAUUUGAUCUGUU